CGUCACGCUUGAGGUCCAUACCACAGCUGGUAAUAUAAUACACGAGACUAUGACAGUGACCAACAAUGGAGAAUAUAUCACCAUGGAAGACGGGAAUACUGCUUUCUAUGAAUUUCAAAAUGGUAUGGCAGUAAUAAAGUUCAAUGGAAGGGAUGACUGCUAUUUAUUGUUUCUUAAUACAGACACAGUAACAGAACUUUCUACAAGACACAUUCAAUCCAGGAUAGAGAAGUUGGUACCUGUGAAAAGGAUAAACAAUUAUGUUGAUAGAACUGUUAUUGUGAGGUUGGUAGAACUUCCGGUAGAGGUGCAAAGCAUGUGUGCUGACGGGAAUGUAUACAUGACAAAAAGUGACCAAACAGGAGGCUCCAGGCUUGGUAGAAGAAGAGACGAUGAAGCGGCAUCCUUUUUCACCGACUGUUCUUACUUUUGUUUUUCUUCCACUGAAUGUCACUAUGUCUGUUUUGUGUAAGAAAAGCAGGAAAAAUAAUAAUAUUAC